GUCCAAAAUCCAUUUAUCUUUACGCGUUUUCCUCCAGGUUACCCAGAUCUCUCCUAACAAAUAACUCUCUUAAUCAUCCUUUCUUUCAUUCUAAUCUUUCAAUCAUUAUCCAAUCUUCUUCCUCUCUGCAUCCAUAUCUAAUCGAAUGUCCUUGCAGUUGAAAUCACAUACAGCCUUUCGAAUUUCGGUGUAAGAAUUAGGGUUUCCACGAUGCCUUCGCUUCCCUUUGGGCUCCUUCUACGCCAUUUCAUCCCUUCCUUGCUCAUGUUCCACGCUGGAUCCUCCGCUAGUCGUCUCAAGCAUCUUGAAAAAAGUGAUCGGCGUUGUAGUCUUAGUUAACAACAACUUUUCUUCCUCCUCUUUCUCUUUUCUCUUUUCCAGCCUUUCUAAUUUUGUUCUCCGUCGAUCUUUUGUUCACGAAAUUCGGGAUCGAGAAGUUUUUGACCGUUGUUUCUAUUACUGUUGUGUUGACUUCGAAGACCACAAAAAUUUUGUAGCUGGAAUCACCGUCGAUUAGAGCCUAAUACUUAAUGGGCACGCCUGCUGUUAGUAAUGUACCAGGCUACAUCAUAAGUAAGCUUGAAGGUACCUUUAUUGAGUCACUAAAUAUACAAGAUGCUUUAAAGUUGGAACAUGCAUAUGAGGUGGAUCGUUUUGAUAAUUUAUACGUGGAGGAGGAGAAUUUAAGUGGAGGUUUUGAACCGCAAGAAACCAAAUUAGAGAUUAAGUGCUUGAAAGAUUGUUCAACGUUUUCUUAUUCUGAUAUAUGUCUUCCUUCAAGCUGUUCUGACGAGGAGACAGAUAAAUCAUUCUCUAAGCAAUCUCGUCAAAACUACUGCUCAGUAUCUUUGGAAGCUCCUGCAAAACUUGUAUCUGCCAUGAAGGGUAGCCGUGAAAAAGAAAGGGGAUCUCAAAUUAAAUUGACUGUGAAAUGGGCCCCUGAUGUGUAUGAUCCAGUACCGACAUUGUCAUCACAUACUGUUAAACACAAGAAACAUCAGAAACCGAGGAUGAGGAAGAGUGAAAAGAAAAACGGAAAAAAGAGCCAGAAGGUAAGUUACUCUAGAAGAAGCAGCAGCAGCAAAGAUAAACCGUAUCGAAACAGGUGGCUGCAUUCUGGUGAAGAAGUGUUUGAAGCUUCCACUGAAGUAGACGAUCUUAAAGUUGCUAACCAUGAUUCCUACUGUGCAACUAGCUACUUAAAAGCAUCAAUUACAAAGGUUCACUGGCCUAUUGGAGAAGCGCUGUAACUCGAUCGAUCGUAUCAUGUAUCGAGACUGCUGCAUAAAAAGAUAAUUUUCUGUUUUGUUGUAUGAUGAAUAGAUUGAUGGAGGCUAUUGGAAGCAGAAUAAUGAACGAUACACAUCCUUUUUUGUUAACUAAUUAGGCUUCUAGGUAACAUGGCUGGAAGGAUAUUUACACGGCAGGUAUUUACAUGACUAUAGCUUCUGCACACGCCAUUGAGAGUAGAUGUGUCUGCAUAGAUAGCUUUUAUUUUCAAUGGCCACAUAGCCAUUGCUUUCAUUUACCAAUCAGCAAUUCGGGAUUCCAUUAUGAGAGCCAACACAUACCUCAAACAUCAUUACCUCGGUCUUCUUGGUAUUCACUUCUAGAUUAUUCAAUAAUAGAUAUCCAGACAUGCACUGCAAUCAAAAUCUGACGAAAAACGAGGGGAAAAAACUUUAUUCACUGCAGGGAACUCUCGGACUUCAGUUAUCUAAAAGUUAUUUUUUUAAAGGUAUUUUUAAUGCAAAAAAGUGUAUUAUGUUUUAUUCAUAAGCUUGUCUGGAAAUCUAAAUUAUUAUGAAGCA